AUGGGCUCUGCCGAGACGAUCCCGACCGUUCCUGAGGCCGAACUCAGCAGCGAGCUGCACUCCACCCCGUAUGAUUCGCUUCCAGACAAGCGCUGCGUGUGGCCAGGCAAGCCAGGGUCGAGAGAGGAAGGCCUGGGGAGGCUGGCUCUACUUACCCCAGACGUCGUUGCUCAUGCAGCAAGGACCUGCAUCAGGACUGGUCAUCGUGUUUCGUUGAACUGGGACCUCACCAAGCUCGAUAUUGCCAACUUUAAUCGCGCCCCUACCCAACAUCAUAUUGUCCCGCUGCUCGGGGGUACUGCAUUUGAUGAUGUCUACGUAUUCAACCCACAGCAAUCGUCACAAUGGGACGGCCUGCGCCAUUUCUCGGCACCCUUCCCGACCGCGGACGACCCUUCCCGGAGGUUGUUCUACGGGGGUACAACGGCGUUAGAGAUCACUGAUCGUUCCAACACGAGAAUUGGACUACAGCAUUGGGCCAAGGAGGGAAUAUGUGGGAGAGGCGUCUUGCUUGACUAUGCGGCCUAUGCAGAAAGAAAUGGCAUUGACUACAAGUGCCUGUCCGACCAUGCCAUUCCGCUACGAAUCCUUCGGGAAAUUGCCCUAGAGCAGGGCGUCGAGUUCCGGCGGGGAGACAUUCUAUUCGUCCGCAUCGGGAUGACUCGAGAGUGGGACAGCCAGAUGACGCCGGCCAGCCGCCUGGCCUAUGCCCAGAACCCCAAGCCGCAACAUGCCGGCGUGGAAGGAACAGAGGAGAUGCUGCGCUGGAUCUGGGACGAGGGAUUUGCUGCGGUCGCCGGCGAUGCGAUAUCAUUCGAGGUGUACCCGCCAAAGACGGCGUAUCCAGCGGCGGAUGGCCAAGCAUCGGUACCUGGCCUCUUCAUGCAUGAGUAUCUCCUUGCCGGAUGGGGUCUCGCAGUGGGAGAGCUGUUUGACCUGGAAGAUCUCAGCCGGGCCUGUCGAGAACUCGGCCGCUGGGAGUUUUUCGUGGCAAGCAGCCCUCUGAACAUGCCUGGAGGCGUCAGUAGCCCGCCCAACUGUCUAGCCAUCUUUUGA